AAAAAAUUAAUUUGAACUAGUAUACUGGGACAGAAAUAUAAAAAAAAUGUAAAUAAGCUAUUAUUUUUUGUCAUUUUUUUAUUUACUCAGUAAAUAGGAAAUAAUGCGGCGCUCUUAUUAGCAGAGGCAGGAACUGCAGUUUCUCUGUAGCAAGGCAGUCAGCACAGUACUGUCGACCUUGCAUGAAGUAAGUUUUGCAGUACUGCAAAUGUCGCACCAAUCGGAGAUGUCCCAUCUAUGGCACCAAAUUUCGUUUAUUAUUGUAAUAGAAACAUUUUAAAAAAUAAUAAAACCAGACAAAACUUAUAUUUAUAUAUUUUCAGGUUUCGCAUCAUUUGCAGUAUACAAAUUCAUUUAUUAUAUCGAUACAGGACUAUAGUGGGUAUAAUGCGAGAAAUCACGUGUUAUUUGGAACGUGACGUUUGAAGUUAUCAUCUUAGGAAACGACAGCCUUGAUAUUGACCCCGCCAACGUAUUUUGCUUUCCUUUUCAGUAAACAAAUGCACAAAUGCAUGUAAUUAAAACUUUUACCGACAAACCUGCCCAGUCCGUCUCUGAAUCGCGCUCGACUUUCUAUUCCGCAAGAGUCGUCCGAUAAAAUUAUCCGCAUAACAAACGACAACUCGAGAUUUUCAUUGUCAUUUUUCCGCGAUUGAAGAGUUUGACCGGGUAGGGAGAGAGAAAGAGAUCAUCCACAUUUAAAACCACUAAACCGUGAAUCUCGGGACAUUCACGGUUAGACCUGAGAGGCCGUAUCAGCCAUAUCGCGGUCUCGCAAUGCUACUGCUGAUAGCGGCGAUAGUUCUCGGUACUUGUAUGGUGCGCGCUGAUGUAUACGAUGGGAGCACGAACCGUCCGGAAUCUGGCGAGGCCGGUUCUGAUAUUACGAAGACGACUGAAUGGGAUAAAAUCGGCGCUGAAUCAAAUAGGCACGACCAACGCAGCUUUCAGUCCGAUAGCAGAAAGAAUAACCUGAACAAAAAUGACGACGGCGGGAGCAUAUCACUAAAGGAAUUCUUGGAAACUUACGCUAAAGGGCAAAACAGGAAAACCAAACCUGUCACCCAUUACGAAGACCAAGCCGCUUUAAAUCUGGACAAGUUGAUUCAACAAGAUCAAAACGCAGAUUUCUCUGAUGACAAAUCUAAAAGUUGGUCGCUCCAGGAUGUACAAAGACAUAGUCAUCCGUUUGAGGACAAAAAGGGAUGGGUUAGCUUGGAACCCAUCCCGUGGUCGGUGUCGAAAGUUUCUAAAUGGCAUAGCAAGUAUAGACCGGUUGCCGAACGACCCACCCAAAUGGAUGACGUGGACGACAAGCCCUGGGAAAAUGAAUUCGACUACAGGAGGCCGGUAUCAAUAACGCCACCUAGCCCGUACAUAUACAACAAAAGACCAUCCGAAACUUCCGAUCGAUUCGACUUAUACCACGACGACGAAGAAAAUUAUCCCAGACCUUCACUUGGGUCGAGACCGUCUGCAACGUACGGACACAAAGUUCACGUCCAAACAUCCUUCCCCUCCAAUUCUUACAGUAGUACCGGCAAGCCGUAUCUCUACCACCACAACGAUAAAAAUUGCGAUCAUCCCUCUCAUCCGUACGAUGGUAUCAUCACGGAUGGGAUGCCGUCCAAUUUUCCCCACUCUUCACCGUACAGCAACUUGAGGAGGAGAGGGUCGGAUAUAGAUAUUCAUUCGGAUAACCAUCCCUUCAAUGGUAACGGCGAAUGGGUUCUGCUUUCUACCACCAAAGGGUACCGGCCUCCGAAAAAUAGACAGCGUUCUUUAGAUUUAGGCACCACAUUAGAGCCCACUCAAUCUUUGGGUACUCAUAGAUCCGUGCGUUUGACAGUACUACCACCCUUAAAAAAUUCUAAAGUGAAUAUGACGACAUCCCAUGGAGGAUUGCUGCAAGUUGCAUCGACGUCAGAAAGCGUCGAGCAAUCUAAAGAGAAAUUAGACAAAAAGAAUCGACUGAAAAAUAAAUCCAAGAGGAAGAGAAGGAAGAAUAAUAAAAAUAAAGUUAAAAUUGGAUUGAAUCAAAUCACUCAGACUCCGACACAAGUGGCAUCAAUACCAAGAGGCCAUACCGAUCCAAGUGCUGUUAUGGCUGCAGUAGGUGCAGGAUUAAUUCCAGCGACGAUGGCUAUGAUGGUUCCUCUGGCAAUGAGCGGAGGCAAAAGGCGAAAAAGGAAUGUGAGGCUAGUGAAUAACAAACUUGUUCCCAACAUAGAAAUAAGUCUACCUCGUUAUUUAUAA